AAAUUCCGUUAGCACCAGUUUGUUCGCCAAAGCCGAAUCAUCAUAUCUCCGCCGCUGACGUAAGAAUCUCCUUCCCUUCUACUGCAAUCUCCAGAAGCAAAGAAGGAAACUUUUUUUUUUUUUUUUUUUUUUGAGAGAGAGACGAAACAAUGGGUGUGCUCACGAACAAGGUCGAGAGAGACGAGCUUAAACCUGGUGAUCACAUCUACACUUACCGAGCCGUCUUCGCUUAUUCUCACCACGGCGUAUUUGUUGGUGGUUGCAAAGUGGUUCAUUUCAAACCUGAGCACAGCUUGAUAUCUUCCACACUAGCUUCUUCUUCCUCCUCGUCUUCUUCAGUUUCAGAGGUUGAUGAUUCUUCAGAAGCUCCUUGCCCUACAUUUCCUGACUGUGGAUACAAACAACCAAAGAGUGGAGUAGUCCUCUCUUGCCUUGACUGCUUCCUAAAGAAGGGUUCACUUUACCGUUUCGAACACGGAGUCAGCUCUUCGAUCUUCCUCUCCAGAUUCCGCGGUGGAACUUGCACAACCGCUUCAUCUGACCCGUUUCAAACAGUCAUCCAUAGAGCAAUACACCUUCUCCAAAACGGAUUUGGUAACUACAACGUCUUCCAAAAUAACUGUGAAGAUUUUGCUCUCUACUGCAAGACAGGGUUGCUCAUUCUUGAUAAGAACGGGGUUGGGAGAAGUGGUCAAGCUAGCUCCAUGCUUGGAGCUCCUCUUGCUGCACUCCUCUCUUCACCUCUCACAUUGUUGAUCCCAAAUCCUGUUGGUGUUGCAACUGUCACUGCUGGCGUGUAUUGUAUGAGCAGGUAUGCUACUGAUAUCGGUGUUAGAAACGAUGUGAUCAAGGUUCCCGUUGAGGAUUUGGCUUUGAACCUUGGCUUUAAAACCCUCAAGAGAAAAAGGAAAGCUUUUGAUACCAGCGUUUCCAGGUGAACAUAGAUUCUAUUAUGUUCAUGGAUAAGUACAUAAGACUGGCCACUGCGUAGUCAUGAUCCUUAGUUUCCCCUCGAUCUCAUUUCUUGUUUGCUAUGGUGACACUGUAAAAAAGAACCAUCUAGAUUCGUUGUGGAUUCCAGUAUUAUCAAGAUUUA